UUUCUUCUUUUCCUGUUUUUUUGUCUUCUUGCCUUGAGAGCGAUGCAUGUUUUAGCGUUCUGCGCAGCGGUUCGAUUGCGGGACUGGCGGGCUAUGGCGCGAUGGACAGGAACAGACGGGUGAUGUGAGCACGAGGACGAGGGCACGUCGUCGCUUGUCGCAGUUUUCCUACUUUUUGCGUUCUUGAGACGCCCUGCUCGGCUCUGCUUUUUGAUUUGCACACAGCGCUCGCUCGCCGUACGACCAUGACGAUGCCGACGGCCGAGUAUAUCCUCCCCAUCCCUUUUGCGCUGCUGCUUUUGCUUUUUCUCUUGCACUUGCACCACGUCACUUUCUGCGCGUUUGGGCUCUAUUCCCCAUUCUGUACCAUCAACUGGCGAGCGAGCGAGCGAGCGAGUGAGCGAGGAGGCUUUUCUCUUUCUCCAUCUCUUUCUCUCCAAUCUCUUAAUCAAUACCACCAUCCAUACCUUCAUCUGCGUCUCUAUUAUACCUCUCUGUCUCUCUCUCGGACAAUCAAUUCAUCUUUUUCCUUCACACCUCGCUCCGCUCCGCUCCGCCCUCGCCUCGCGUCGCCUCGCCUGUCAUUGAUGACCAAUCACCAACCUAAUCUCUUCGCCCCAUUCAUUCCCCACUCUCAGGCCGCCCGUCCGCCCGCCGCCCGCAAGCCUGCUUCAGCUCGCUAGCAGUAGCUCGCUCGUGCGCUUGGCGCCCCUCUUUUCAUCAUCAUCCUCCCUAUUCAUCCAUUCAUCCAUCCAACCAUCCGUCCCCUCCUCUUGUGUCAGUUCGCGUCGUGUUGAUCGCCGUGUACAUGCAGGCCCAGCGCGCCAGCGCACCUCUUCCUUUGUUGCAGACACAACCGCCCCCAACAACGGCCGCUAGCACGGACACGGCGACGACGGCGCCGGCGCCGACUUCUUCCUCGCUAGCUGGUGACGAGACGGCAACGACGACG